AUGAAGUCUUUCCAGUUAGCCAAUGAGUCUUGUCCCAACAAAUUCAUCCUUCCAGAAAGCAAAAGACCAAACCUUUCAGAGGUUGAAUCUCUAGACUCAAUUCCCAUAAUUGAUUUGAGUUACUGUCAUGACAGCAGUCCUUUAUCCUUAGAAGUGGUUCACAAGAUUUCAAAGGCUUGUGAGGAAUUUGGUUUCUUUCAAAUAGUGAACCAUGGUGUUCCUCAACAAGUUUGCUAUAAAAUGAUGAAAGCAAUUACUGACUUUUAUGAACUGCCAUCAGAGGAAAGAGAGAGUCUCUAUUCAACAGAUCACACCAAGAGUGUAAGAUUGUUCAAUUAUUACCUUAAAGUGGAAGGUGGAGAAAAGGUCAAGUGUUGGAGUGAAUGUUUUGCUCAUCCAUGGUAUCCUAAUGAUGAUUUCAUUUCUUUUCUACCAGAACAAAUUAGAACUCAAUACAUGGAGGCAUUUAGUGAGUAUGCAAAGGAGAUUGGUUCAUUGGGGAGCAGGCUUCUAGGUUUGAUAUCAAUAGGACUUGGCUUAGAGGAGGAUUGUUUGUUGAAGAAGUUAGGUGAGCAGCCUAGACAAAGAGCACAAUCAAAUUUCUAUCCACCAUGUCCAGAUCCAGAGUUAACCAUGGGUCUAACUGAGCAUACUGAUCUGAAUGCUCUCACUGUACUUUUGCAAUCUCAAGUUUCUGGUCUUCAAGUUAACAAAAAUGGGAAAUGGAUUUCUGUACCUUUUAUUCCCAAUGCUUUUGUUAUCAACCUUGCUGAUCAAAUUCAGGUUUUAAGCAAUGGAAGAUACAAAAGUGUAUUUCACAGGGUUGUUACCAACAAUUUAAAUCAACGACUGUCAAUGGCAAUGUUUUUUGGUCCAAAUCCGAACAUGAUAAUUGGUCCAAUUCAAGAACUAAUAGAUGAAGAACACCCUCCCAAAUAUAGAAAGUAUUGUUUCUCUGAGUUUCUUAAAGAGUUCUUCAACCAAGAAGGAACAAGAACCAUGCUGAAGGAAGCCUUUGAAAUAUCACAUGAUAAUAAAUAA